AGCUAUUCUGCUUCCUCAGACACUCCGCAGAGAGGGCUUCAGCUUCAGCCGAGGCUUAACUUGGGUGGAAGAACAAGGAUGCACUACCAGGCGGCGGCGGCAGCGGCAGAGGCGUGGGGGUACGUGGCAGCGGCGGCAGCGAGGGGGGCGACAAUGGACGCGCUAGAGCGGGUGGAGCGGCUGGCGGCGGAGAGCGCGGUGGUGAUCUUCAGCGUCAGCACGUGCUGCAUGUGCCACGCCGUGAAGCGUCUCUUCUGCGGCAUGGGGGUGAGCCCGACGGUGGUGGAGCUGGACGAAGACCCGCGCGGCAAGGAGAUGGAGCGCGCCCUCUCCCGCCUCCUCGGCGGCGGGGCGGCGGGCGGAGCCGCCGUGCCCGUGGUGUUCAUAGGCGGGAAGCUCGUGGGGGCCAUGGACCGGGUUAUGGCCGCCCACAUCAACGGCACGCUCGUCCCCCUCCUCAAGGAAGCCGGCGCCCUCUGGCUCUGAGACCAGCUACAUCCGAAACCUCAAAACAGUAUAACAACAUUAAUAGUGAGAUGUUCCUGUUAUAAUGUCAGCUGCAGAACACCAACUUUUAUAAGCAAUGUGCGUUUUUCUCCCUAAUGGUUACUUAACAAAGAGAGUGAAAGAGAAGAGAGAGAGAGAGAGAGAGAGGAGAGGGGAGGUUGGUUUUUUUAAGGUCCUCCAUUUUGGGUGCAAGAUGAAUAUGCAUGGGAUUUGUGGGAUGCAUGUCUUCUUUUCUAAUGUUCUUCCAUUUUUCUUUUUUUCUUCCUUUGGGUUUUCCGAGGGUUGGUGGGAGUUAUGUGGGGUUUGAGAUGCAUGGUAGUGAUGAAGAAAGGAGUGUCACUUUGUUUGAUGAUGAUGAUGUUGAUCAUAUGUAUAGAAAGAUCUCAACAAGUAAAAAUCCAAAAAAAAAAAAAAAGAAGUUGGGUUUGUUUUCUUUUGAUGUUACUCUCAAGUUGUGUGUUUGAUCUUCUUUUCUCUUUUCUAUUGUUGUAUAUAUGUCCUACCU